AUGGAUGCGCCAGCUGAUGGAGAGAACCCUCCAAUACCGGGAAGCCCUGAUCUCAACAUCUCUUCACAGGACCAGCAAGAGCUCGACAACUGGGUUGUGAAAGGAGAAUGGCCAUUUCCCAGCCUUGGUUUGAAUAACGAGCCUUCGCCUUCGAGCUAUUCACCAACAGACCUUCGACUAAUACAUCAUAUCUCAUCGGUUGCGGUCAAGAUGCAAGAGUCUAAACCAGAGAAGGAUCAGUUGUGGACCAAGCGGGUACCAAUAUUUCUGAGGAUUGCUAUGUGCAGUGAUUUUGUCAUGCACUCGUUGCUGGCGUUGUCAGCGUCGCACCUUUCGUGGCUAACAGCAUGUUCAGCUACUAUGCACCUUGCCUACCAGCAUCGGGGAUUAGCUCUCAAAGGGUUACAAAAAGCCAUCGGAAGUUUCUGUAAAGAGAACUCGGAUGCCGUGCUUGCAGCAUCUAUACUUCUUUCAUGGCAAGCUACUGAUUGGCGUACAUGGGCCAGUUUGAUGCAAGGAACGUCUACUGUGAUAGAUGAGAUGCAAGAGUGGAAAGGCGAAAGCCAGCUCAGUGAUUUUAUCGAAGAGAAACAGAUAUUCGGAAGGACACCAUACCGGCCGCAAAUUGUGAACUCGGAACGUGAUAGGCAGGUGCUAAAUCACAUAUUCAAUUCUUUAGAACGAUUACAGCCUUACGUCAGCGGGAAGAUUGAGGAAGAGAGGGGGCUGAACGAGCUUAUCAAUUUCAUCCAAAAUCUAAAGAAUUAUAUACCUAUACAAUCGCCAGAGGAACAAUUCGAGCAUAUAUAUCCCUUGCGUUCCUGGCUCUUCUUCCUUCCUAUAGACUUUGUUAAGCGGGUCGAACGGGAUCCCGAUGUCAUGAUCCUCCUCGCUCAUUUCUAUGGUGUUGCUCUUGCUGUAGAGCCUUUGUUCCCAGCUGUUGGCGCAGCUUACUUCGGUGCAAUGUCAAUUGGUCCCAUCGAGGAGAUCCAUAAGACAUUAUUAAGGCUUAAUUCUGAGGGGGUGGAAGGGAAGGUUCUGGAAUGGCCAAUCAGUUUAAUGGAUUUCCCACUGGAAAUGGUGCAUGAAUUCAAACUGAGAAUGGGUUGGAGGACGAUAGAGGAAAUCAAUUCUCCGGUCGAAUCCGAGCAUGCAAGCGAAAUGAUGGAUUACGAGCACGGCUUUGGCAACCAGGUACCCAUGAUCAAAACAGAGCACGGCAUUAAUUUGUUGCACACACCUCUGUGUACACCCACCAACGGGUUCGACGUCAAUUCCUUUUCGAGUUUUUCGAUGUCACCUAGCCCGCUUAUGACACAUCUGCCAAGUACGCCUACAUCGCCAGAUCAUCUUCGUGGGAAUUGGGAUUCUUGA